AUUACCUUUUCUGAGUGUCCACACUGUCUUAUUUUGAAAAAUGACAGUCAGCAAAUCAGCUCAAUCAGUUCUUACCUUUUUAGAACAGAGUACUCCGAGUCCGGAAAAGUGCAAAUAUUAUUACAAUAAUGUCGUUAUAAGGAGAGGCUGCUGAACUAUUCAGUUAAAAACAAAGUUGCCUUUGUGUUAAAAGCUGUUGAACUUGAUGUUGAACCGUUUUUGUUUUUGUUUGUGAAUGAUUAAUCUGGAUCAAGAUGACCUUCUGGGCGCACGCCUAACCUUUCUUGACCUCCAGGAUUCUCAGGGUCAGAGGAAUGUUUUCUGAUGAGAGUCCCGCCUGGUUCUGGUGCAGCUCGGCUCACAUCACAGAGCUUGGCUGGACUUGUCUUCCAGAUGGGGAAGCCAGCAAAGUGACAUUCCUGUCCUCAUUAUGUUUGACUCAGCUGAGUUCAGAUUGCUCUGGCAGUGCUGCCCUGCAGGUUUGUUACCCGUUUCCAGCAGGUGUUGACCUAGAGGUUUUUUUUUCCUGCUUAGCUGGUGUCUGUGUCACAAUGGGAAGGGACGGUAAUUAACACGAUUAAACAAUUACAAUAAAACAGGUUCAUGUUUUGCCAGCAGGCUUUUAAUUUUUAGAAAACAAGAGUAAAUGCAGGGGGAGGGACAUUCCACUUUUUAGUACAACAUUCAAUUUCUUUAUAAUUAGAUCUUAAAAGCAAGCACUUUAAUUCUUUUUGUUGUUCGAUCUAGUUUAUUUCAUGUCAGUAGAGCUUGUACUGAAUUCCUCCACCUUUCAGAGCCAGUCGUCCCUGUCUGUCUUCAUCAUGAAUGUUGUUCCAAACAUACUUCCAAAAAAAUGUCCCUACAGCCUCUGACAAAGAACUCAAAUGUCUCAGCAGCUCGAUUAGAUAUUCAUAUAUAGAAAUCUGGAGAUCAAACCAGCAACCUCCUGACUGAGGAAAGGUUUUCUGCAUACGUUGGACAUUUAUGAGAUCUUCACUACUGUGCAACAUGUGUUCUGUUGUCAGUUGCAUAAAUCCAAUGACCUGAUGUGUCAAUAGAUGCGUCAUUUCAGUGUUUUCUGCCCAAAUAUCGUUUUAUUUUAUACACAAACACUUUUGUUUCCACAGGAGUUAUGACCUCUCCAUCCCCACUGUCACAGACGGACACUUAGUCCAGAUAGAAUUUCUGAAUAUUAUUGCUUUAAUUCUUAUUAUAGAGUGAGUUUUUCUUUUUCUUUUUAUCAAUUGUAAUUUACUUGUAAAAAUGUCCAGAAGAUAAGGCGUGCAGGCUGACAUGUAGACCAAGAAAUUCCUGACUCACAUGACUAACCUUCAGUUCAGCUGCUGGUGUGUUUAAUCAAAUGUUAGAGGAGAUAAGGCAACAAUGAAGGUAUUUUUGUUCGGCUUUCCUGAACACAUCUCAGUCUGUCUGCCGCCACUCAAAACUCUUCCGUUUUUUCUUCCUACUGAGAUGCAACAGACUGCAUUUAGUCGCUCUUAUAAAAGUUUAGGAGCUUUGCGUUGAUGGAGACAUCAGUUGUGUAUAAAGUUCCCUUUUUCUUUGGGUCAUAAAAGGCUUUUACGUUGUGUUUUUGAUAUUUAAUCUCGUGAAGCCAGAAUACCAUUUCUGCUUAUGAAAUUCAGCAUUAAAGGUUGGGGAAAAAACUGUUGUUUUUUUUUAGCUACUUAAUAAUUUGAGCACAAAUCAGGAUCAGCUUUUUUGGACAAAUACAGUGGAUAUCCAAACAAUUUAGCGUCUGUUUCUUAUGCUGUCGUGCAAACCAAGCAAGGUAUAGAAUGGUGUAAAAAGGUAAAGACAAAAAAAGAAACCAUGUAAAAAAUAAUGAAGGAAAAUAUAAAGAUAAAUAAAAAUACAGCAGUAGUUGCGGUGACAGUUCUCAUGUUUCUGUUCCAUACUCUUUAAAUGGUCAAGAGUUCAUCAGAGUGAAGGCUCUGGGGAAGAUGCUUUAGGCACUGAUUAUUAUUGAUUGUUUGUUUUUAGUAUGAUUUUUUUCAUUGCACUUUAUUUAUUUAUUUUUACCUCUGUGCUUCAAAAUGUUCAAAUCCUCCCGGCAUUUUCUCAAUAAGUUGAACCCAAAUAAAGGCAGCUUUGUCUUACCUGUUCUGGAUUUAGUAGAAACAACCUAUGCAUGAAUGCACAAGAACACAACAUAUCGUAUUUCUUUCUCAUUGGCCUGUUCUAUGGUUUAGAAUGUGAUCACUAAUUUCUUUUAUUAUUAUUUUUUGUAGUCUUUUUGGUGGGGGGCUGUUGUUUAGAGAUAAAAUGGCUUUUAUCCUUGCCAAAUAACUAAAACUUAUUUUUGAUCAUUUUACAUUUGCGUAAAAAAGCGGAAUCUAAAAUUUUUGAUCAAGAUCUUCCUUUUAACAGAACGCAGGAGAUCGAUCUUUCAGAUGAAGGUGUCAGAGGCUGGAUCGUAGGAAAUCUGUCUCCACAGAUCAGUAGAUGUCCUAAACAAGAAUGCCAGACAGUCGGGUGAUUUGAAGGCAAACGCAGACAUUGUAGUGACGAAAAUAGGAGAUGCUGUUUAUUUACAGACAUGACUAGUCAGUAGAAAAUGAAUGGGCAAAGGUUUGAGUCACAAAAGGGAAGAUAAAGCAGUUAACAUGCAAAACAUGAAUCGAAGGGACAUGAGAGAAAAAAUGCACCUACAGUAUAGUUUACCAGCUAUUAUAACUCACUUCCUACUUGUCUCCUAAAUUCAACAUAAUUUUUACACUCCCUUAAACUGUGAGAGCCACAUAUUUUGGAGUGAGAACUCUCCUGAACAGACGGCUAACCUGAAUUCUGACCGUGACUCAAAGAUGACCAAAGGAGUUUUGGUUUCUCCACAGCAAAGUAACUCACUUGAAACUGGUUCAGGUUCAGCUGCUCCUGAUAAAGACACAAACCUUGCUUUCGCUUUAGCCUCGCUGGAUAUCGGUCUGACGGAUCUGCCCGAACCUCCUCAUUACCAUGUUUCCAACCAAGUUGAACAAGACAAUUCAUCCCACGAAGUAGUAGUUUUCAGGAAGGUAUGAUUUGACUAUUUUUUCUUGAAACUUAUACGAGAGAAGGGCAGAUUUUACAAGGUGUAAAGGUGGUUGUGUCAAACGUCAGGCCUUGGUCAGUGUUCUACAUGUUUUCCAACCUGAUCAAGGUCCUCAGCAGCAGGAAGGACAGGAUUUCUGAAAAACCAGCUUGAUGCCAGUCCUUGAGGCCUGGCGUCUGACACCCCUGCCUUACAGGGGCAUGUGUCCAUCUCUUGUUCAUGCCCUGCGAUGGACUGGGAAACUGUCGAGUGGUGUAGCCCGCCAUCACCCUGAAGUAGCUGGAUAGGCUCCAGCAACCCCAACCAGAAUAAGCAUGUUUACAAAAUGAAUGGAAAGUCUUGUAGAAUGAGGAACAUUCAGAAGAGGCUGCUCCUGCCAUGACAUAGAUGUCACAGUGUGUGGUGGUGAAGGAAGCAAUGAGCCGAAAGGGGAAGCUGUCAAUUAACAGUCUGUCUGUUUUCCAGCGUUGCUCUGGGUGUUCAUUGAGAGAACGAGCUUCCUGCUGAAGCCGACCAUAAGGGGUAAAAUCAUGUGUGGAUAUAUGCUGAGGCUCUUUUUCCUUUUUGUUCUUCUUGUGAUAUUUCCUUUCAGUUGCUAACAUGAGUAAUCCAUAUGACCUUUUUUUUUACAUUAAAAGGAACAUUAGUUGUCUUGGAACAAGAGGUCUAGAUGGGUACAUUUGUGUUUUUUCAAACGAAAACAUUUCUUCAUGAACUUCAGAUCUUUGGGAUGAAGUGGGAGUGGUUCACACCGCUAUUCCUGAAUGAAAAGGUUCCAUUUCAGGGGAUUCCUGUCUUCUGUUAGCAUUCCUUCUUAAAUAGUUUUGAGAAAAUCUUAGUGGAACAGGACCAGGAUUUGACUUUUGACAAUCAACUCCAUCUUUAGUACUGGGCCUGUUUUAUGUCUUUUCAAAAUAAAAUUGUCUCAUCUUUGCAGGACCGGUAUUGUGAGCAUUAUCUCUCUAUCUGCUGUAACGCAGCCUAUUCAUAAAACAGGGUUUUUCAACUAAUUUUGACGCAUAGAAGAUACUUCCACGUUGCUGUUUUUUUUUUCAUUUGUUGUUUUUCAUGUUUUAAUCUUUUUGUAGAUUCCUCCCCCAAUCAGCUUUUGGUGAGAUCCACUCGACUGUUCAGAACAGCUUCCCCCUCUUGUCGGGGCGAUGGCGAAGACAUGGCCGGGCGGCGCCGCCAUGGGAUCCCUGAACACUGUGGACAGUGCAGGGAGCUGUGACAGUGUGAUCAGUGGGAACUCUGGCUGCAGUGACGACAGCAUGGAGCACCUGUCUCCAGAGGAGAGGGCGUGUCUCAUGUUUCUGGAGGAAACCAUUGAAGCGAUGGAGAUGAUGGAAGACAGCGGGAUAUCCAACGAUGAGCCGGAUUUUGGGCCAAAGUUGGAAGACAAUAAUCAGCCGACAGUCAACGGUAUUUCGUGUUUAUCACAAAAGAGUGGAAGUGAUGAAAGUCUAGGUUAUGUUGCAGGCGAUCCUGGUAACACAACAAUGAACCACACAACUCCUGCACUGGAUCAAACCAUUGAGCCCACUCCAGCUUCAGCUAUCACACCGAAGGAUGUUGAAACGGCAGACUUGGAGGUUCAAUCCAGUCCUUCGAUGUCCAGAUCUGCUCCUGAUGCUGCAGCCCAGUUGCCAUUAAGUCAAGCUAAUGCUGUGGGUGCAGCUUCUCAUGAUCCUGGGAAUGGUAUAACUACAGAACCCUGCUCUGCAGACGCCUCUGAACUCGAUUUGGGCAUUAUCCCUCCUCCUUUAGACUUCAUGGAUGAACCAGAACCUCUUCCUCUACCAGAGGAGCUAAAUGAAGUCCCUCCACAAGCAGAAACCCCAACUGAGCCUGAAGCUCCAGCCCCUGCUGACUUGCAGCAGUCGGAGCUAAAAGUCUCCUCAGAGAAACAUUCGUUGAACUCCAUUGAGGUAGAUGGUCCUUCUGUUCCACCUCCACCAGCAGAGGAGGAUUCUGUUCCUCUAAAUCCAUAUCUUGAUGUUCCUGAGCCCAAAGCCCCCCCUGCUGUGGCCCCAAAGCCAAAGAGCAUUCCCGCUAACAUCCUUCUGAGGUCCCACAAGUCCACAGGCACUGGCUCUGAAGCAAACUCCAGCCACUCCACAACCAGCAGGGACAUGCUGAUGGACCCUCAGAAGGUCCGAAUGGAGGCACUUCGAAAACUUGGACUUCUCAAGGGGAGCCAGGAGACAUCGCCCCCUGCUUCUGCCCAUGGAGGGAGCCUAAAAAGCAGAACCUCCCAAGAGGUUCCCCCUCUCAGCCAAGGAGAUCCUCCCCUCAGGUCACCUCCUAGCUCUCAUGUCCACAGCCAGCCUGCAGCCUCCAUGUCCCUCCAUUCUGUGCCACCCGCUGCCGCCCCUGCCAAACUCCUCCCUGCUCCUGAAGCUUUCAGUGACAUAGACGGUCCUCCUCCUCCGGAUAAUGAAGUCCCUAUUGUCAGUGGAGCCUCUGUAAGUCCCCCUCCAGCGCCAAUAAAGCAGCAAACUACACAAAAAAUCAGCCGAUCUGCCACCUUUGAGCAAUGCAGCCUGAGUCCGUGCGCCAGCAUGACCGUUCAAGGUGACAACGCCAAGCUCAGCCCCAAGGAACUGCAUAAAAUGCGGUCCCGCCCCGCUUCCAUGGGGUGUGGGAAGGAUUUAUCCCGCUCCGCAGGAGGGGAGCCCCUGACAGGCCACUCCUUAAGGCAACAGCCGCAUUCUCAGCGGCCUGUCCAAAACACCUUCCAGAACCCCAGAGAGUCGGCCAAGCUGCCUCGGUCGCAGGGGAUCAGUGUUCUGAUCUGCCCUCGUCCAGAGAACGCCGAGGACCGCCGCGAGGCGCUGAAGAAGCUGGGGCUUCUCAGAUACUGAGCCCCCUCCCAGCAACCAAUCACUCCCUCUAAAUACAGAGACUGAACUGGACCAGUCAGGACUGAACCGGGCUUUUAGAGCUUUUUAACCUCAUGGGUUUGUGAUUCUUCAAUUUUACAGCGCAAUCUGAUUGUUUUAUUCAUCAGAAUCAGUCUCUGGUAAUCCAUAACUCCCUGUAUGUAUUGUACAAACAUUUAUGAUGUCUAUAUGAAGAAAGCUGGAAGUAGAGUACUUGUUAAGUAUUAAUUUAAUCCUAUAUUUUUCUUAUUUUGAAUGUGCACUUAUAAUCUACCACCUCAUGCCUUUUGGGAUGCAUAUGUGUUACGUCUGCAUACUUCUCUUUAGUUUCCAGUCUAAAGUGUCACCGUUGUACUCCCUGCACUUUUGUUUUAUUCUAGAUGCCCUUUCUGUCUGUUCCAAGUCUUUCAUAUUUAUUAUAAACAGCACACGGUCAAAAUACAUGCAUCAGAGCUGCAGGUUA